CGUCCCACACUCGAACAAUCCCCAAGCGGCGGAAAGGAGAACCAAAUCGCACUUCGUCGAUCCCCGCCGCCGACUGGAGCUCGCCGGACCUCGCCCCGCCGGCGAACCUCGCCCGCAUCGCCGAUCCUCCAAGCCCCAGGCAAGGUGCUACUGUUCCGUGUCUAUCCAGUUGUCGACACCGAGUGAAUUGCCGGCAUGGGGGGCGUGUUUGGCCGCCUCGACUCGACCAAGCGGGGCUCGCAUGGCCUCAAGCUGGAGAGCAAGAUGGUGGAGUCCAUGCGGCAGAGAGCCGCGCACGGGACUUCGGUCAAGUCCUUCAACACCAUCAUCAUGAAGUUCCCAAGAAUCGACGAGGGCUUGAGGAACUGCAAGGCUAUCUUUGAGCAGUUCGAUGAAGAUUCAAAUGGUGAAAUUGAUAAAGAAGAACUGAAGAAUUGUUUUCAGAAGCUGGAAAUCUCAUUCGCGGAGGAGGAGAUAAGCGAUCUCUUUGAAGCUUGUGACAUAAAUGAAGAUAUGGGCAUGAAGUUCAAUGAGUUCAUUGUCUUUCUAUGCCUUGUUUAUCUUCUCAAUGAACCGGCCGCGUCGGAAGCAAAGACAAAGAUGGGAUUAGGGGAUCUCGAGUCAACUUUUGAGACCUUAGUUGAUGCGUUUGUCUUCUUGGAUAAGAAUAAAGAUGGGUACGUCAGUAAGGAUGAGAUGAUUCAAGCAAUAAAUGAGAGCAUACCAGGAGAACGCUCUUCAGGCCGUAUAGCCAUGAAAAGAUUUGAGGAGAUGGAUUGGGACAAGAAUGGGAUGGUUACCUUCAAGGAAUUUCUGUUUGCAUUCACUCGCUGGGUAGGAAUUGGUGAAAACGAGGAUGAGGAUGAAUGAAUGAUGUGGAAGUGAUAGCUGAAGAGUAGCUGAUGUUAUUGGGUUGUAUGGCUGUUUAUCCUCUUGUUAAUAUAGUGACUCAUCAUGGUCCAAAUAGAAUAGAUUUGACUUGUGUGAACACCUGUAUGUACAGUGUAUGUGGCAGUUUCACCUCAAAUGCACAAGUAUGAAGUAAACAAAAGAAACCGCCUGCAUUAACUUGUUCUUUUGUAUUCAUUGUUGUUUUGUA